UAAUUGGGAUAAAAAUUCAAGAAUGGCGGCACUAAGGAGGAGAAGAAGUAGCUUUUGUCCUCCUUCCCGGGCCAACCAAGAAGAGGAAAGGAAAGAGAAUUUAUUAUCUGAUUUUAAAGAUAAAAGACUAACUAAAAUCAAAAUGAGUCCAAUACCAGAGUCCUCUCCUAGAAAGAGGCAGAGGUCUCCGGAUCAGUCAUCAUCAUCCGAAGGGUUCCUAAGACCGAGUCAAAUUCGUCAACUUCAGAAAACUAUAUUGUCAUCUGAUGAUGUCAUCACUAACCAACCACAGACCAGCAAUGUGUCUGGUUCUUCUACUGCUCCAGCAGCUGCUAAUAACAUAAACUCACUGUGGGACGGAGUAUUGAACUGGAUGAAAUCAGCUCUUGACUUUGUUGGUAGUGAACUGCCUAAUGACACUGAACCAUCACCUUCUAAAAAACGGCACAUUAGUCAGGAUUAUGAAUCAGAGAACACCCAAAGUUCUUAUAGUGAAAAUCAAAGAAGUUAUGCACCAAAAUCAAUCACAAGUACAACUGCAGCUGCUACAAUUAAUUCCACUACUAACAUCAGAGCUGAGAUUGCUCCUGCAAAUAAAUUUCGUUCUUUGUUAGCGUCUGCUGAAAAGUUUGAGUCCUCAGUCGGUGGUGAAGGACUUAAUAGUCUUCUCUCGGAUCCUGAAGGUUCUACAAGAUCCCGUUCAAUCAAGAAUCCUUUCUCAAGACAGAACCCCACAAGGGAAGACGUACCAGCUGCCUCUAAUGUUCCUCCUCCUCCUGCCCCUCCUCCUCCUCCCCCAGCUCCGCCCCCUCCCUCUCUCCCUCCCCCUCCUCCUCCUCCUCUCUCUGAGCUCCAGGCCACACCUACCACCGCAAGAACUAGCAGUCGUCUCCAGCAGAUGCAGAACCGACUGAGGACCCGAAUGAUGAAGAGAACUGAAUCAACUGACGUACCCGAGACUCCAAAUAAGAAGACGCUGGAUUUUAAAUCUCGUCAGUGGGCAGAGAUACAGGCUCGUCAGCGUAAGAUGUCAGUCCCUGACUUUCUUCACUUAGCAAAGGGAAAAAGAGAAGAAAUACAAUCACUAUUAAAACAAUUGCAACAGAAGUUACCUGAUACUUUACAAGAUCUGUCUCUGGCAGUUGAGAAAUUAGAAGACGUAUCAGUUUGGUACUCUGGAGGAUAUCGAGAGCUAAAGGAAGAAGUUCCUCUAUACCGAUCACUAGAGAAGACAAUUGAAAUAAUGACAGAAUGUUCUCAGACCCAAUACGAUAUACAAAAGACAAUCAGCGAUACAUCUCCCAUUUAUGGGCGUGGCUUCAGAGACUUGCACGCCCACUUGGAGCUUCUCAGAGAUGAGUUUACGAACAAGAGGAAGAAAUGGAUUGACAUUUUGAAUACCAAUGGACGUUCUUGGAGAGAUUUAGGUCUCCCUGUAUCUGCUGAAGCAUUGGCAGGGGGUGGGGCCUAUCUCUCACUGAUAAUAUCCAAAUAUGUACAACUGGUAAUGGAGGAGAGCGGGAAAGUGGAAGGACUAAUGAUGACACUUAAAACUAACAGGAUUUCAAAAUUAAAGGAGAGGUUCAAAGAGGCUCUUAAACUAUUAUUGGAAUGUUCCUCCUCUUCCCUCCCUCCUCAGUGUCCCCAGUGUACUGAACACUGCACUCACUGUAUGAGAGGGUUACUGAAGCAAUCUGUCACUAUUAGUACUAGUUAUACAUUAAUAUCAUUAAAGGAGUAUAAUGGAUAUAUACACUCAGCCAGCAGACAGAUUGUCUGUGAGCAUUUUGAAGGUAUUCUUAAAGUAACGUCAAUUUUAAAGUCCCUCGUUAAAAGGUCUAAUUCAACUCGUCAGAAUAGAUCAUCAGUUCUAAUUGAUGCCCAGCAGCUGCCUCAAUCAGAAGAGCUAGCCUCAGCGUUAUAUAGCAGCUGUGUACUGAUCAUACAACACAUUUCAAAAUAUAUACAGACCACACUAUCAGAUGGAAAUACACCUGACACUACCAGCAAUAAAGAAAUAAUCUUGCUAAUGAUGUUUGGUUGUAAGUAUGUGAGUCAAAUAAUGGAGGUACUGGGAUCUGAACUAGCUAAAGAGAAGGGGAUACAGAGUUUACUAGACAAACUACAUGACAUGGAGCUAGUGUUACCUGAUUGAUAUAAUGACAUAGGGUCUGUAUGUGUCACUUAGUGUUGUAUGGGACACAUUGUGUCUGUUCAUUUUUGAUUACUAUUAACAAUUUAUUAUCAUCACUGGUGUAUGUAUACAUAAUUAUAUUAGUUAUUGUGCUGGCAAUUAAGUUGAUGUGAUAGAUUAAGAAAAAUCUUUUUAAUUUUGAAAAUGUGA